GCGGCCGUUAGCGCUGUCGCUCCGGGGGCCGCGGCGGGCGGGGCUCCGGCGGGGCCCGGCCUAGUCCCCACCCCAGCCCGGCUCCCAGCCGCCCGCCCUCCCUCCCUCUCCCCGAUGCAGGGGGCCGAGCUCCGGGAUGGCGAGGCGGCGGCGGCGGCCGCUUCGUACCGCGUCCUGAGCCGCCUGCUCGGCUAUGGAGAGGCGGCCCCCGAGCCAGGCCCGCCGCCGCCGCCCCCGGGCCAUGGCCCCCCGCCGCCACCCUUCCUCGCGCGGCCCGGUCCGCGGGGCUCCCGGCCGCCGCAGCUGAUGGUGUUCCGCAACGUGGGUCGGCCGCCGGAGGAGGAGGACGCGGAGGCGGCCCCAGAGCCGGGACCCUCAGAACUGCUGUGUCCCCGGCACCGCUGUGCCCUGGACCCCAAGGCCCUGCCGCCGGGGUUGGCGCUGGAGCGGACCUGGGGCCCGGCGGCUGGACUGGAGGCGCAGUUGGCGGCUCUGGGGCUCGGGCAGCCGGCGGGGCCGGGGGUCAAGACGGUCGGUGCGGGUUGCUGCCCGUGCCCGUGCCCCCCGCAGCCGCCCCCUCCGCAGCCCCAGCCCCCUGCUGCCGCCCCGCAGGCCGGGGAGGACCCCACGGAAACGAGCGACGCGCUGCUGGUCUUGGAGGGCUUGGAGUCGGAGGCCGAGAGCCUGGAGACGAACAGCUGCUCGGAAGAGGAGCUCAGCAGCCCGGGCCGCGGAGGAGGAGGGGGAGGCCGGCUUCUGCUGCAACCCCCGGGUCCUGAAUUGCCCCCGGUGCCCUUCCCGAUGCAGGACUUGGUCCCCCCAGGGCGCUUCAGUAGAGGGGAGCAGCAGCAACCGCCCCCGCCCCCGCCUCCUCCCGGGCCCCUCCGGCCACUCGCGGGCCCUUCUCGGAAGGGCUCCCUCAAAAUCCGUCUCAGUCGCCUCUUUCGCACGAAGAGCUGCAACGGCGGCUCCGGAGGUGGGGAUGGGGCCGGCAAGAGGCCUUCUGGAGAGCUGGCUGCUUCAGCUGCGAGCCUGACGGACAUGGGAGGCUCCUCGGGCCGGGAGCUGGACGCGGGGAGGAAACCCAGGUUGACAAGAACUCAAAGUGCCUUUUCUCCGGUCUCCUUCAGCCCGCUGUUCACAGGUGAAACUGUGUCACUUGUGGACGUGGACAUCUCUCAGCGGGGCCUGACCUCUCCACACCCUCCAACUCCCCCGCCUCCUCCGAGAAGAAGCCUCAGCCUCCUAGAUGAUAUCAGUGGGACGCUGCCUACAUCUGUCCUUGUGGCUCCGAUGGGGUCUUCCCUGCAGUCUUUCCCCCUACCUCCGCCUCCUCCACCCCAUGCCCCAGACGCAUUUCCGCGGAUCGCUCCCAUCCGAGCAGCUGAAUCCCUGCACAGCCAGCCCCCCCAGCAUCUCCAGUGUCCCCUCUACCGGCCCGACUCAAGCAGCUUUGCAGCCAGCCUUCGAGAGUUGGAGAAGUGUGGUUGGUACUGGGGACCAAUGAACUGGGAAGAUGCAGAGAUGAAGCUGAAAGGGAAGCCAGAUGGCUCUUUCCUGGUACGAGAUAGCUCUGAUCCUCGUUAUAUCCUGAGCCUCAGUUUCCGGUCACAGGGUAUCACCCACCACACGAGAAUGGAGCACUACAGAGGAACUUUCAGCCUGUGGUGUCAUCCUAAAUUUGAGGAUCGCUGUCAAUCAGUGGUGGAGUUCAUUAAAAGAGCCAUCAUGCACUCCAAGAACGGGAAGUUUCUCUACUUCUUGAGAUCCAGGGUUCCGGGACUGCCUCCAACUCCAGUCCAGCUGCUCUAUCCGGUGUCUCGAUUCAGCAACGUCAAAUCCCUCCAGCACCUUUGCAGAUUCCGAAUCCGACAGCUCGUCCGGAUAGAUCACAUCCCGGAUCUCCCACUGCCUAAACCUCUGAUCUCUUAUAUCCGAAAGUUCUACUACUAUGAUCCUCAGGAAGAGGUGUACCUGUCUCUAAAGGAAGCGCAGCUCAUUUCCAAACAGAAGCAAGAGGCUGAACCCUCCACGUAGCGAGGGGCCCCCUGCUAGUCGCCACCAAGGGCAUUUGGUUGCCAAGCUCCAGUUUUGAAGAACCAAAUGAAGCUACCGUGGAGGGGAGUGAGGAAGAACGAGGGAACGGGAAGGGCGGAGACCCUCUGUGCAAGGACUUUGGCUCCCCUCGCCGCUCUGGGGCUUGGAAGAAGCACACAACCACACUCUUUGAGCGGGGGCUCCGCCUCUUCGUGUCCAGCCCCUGUGCUAUCCUGGAACUGGACGAGCUCCUUGGAAAACUGGAAGAAGUCUCAACACUGUUCCUUUUUUAGAAGUUUUGUUUUGGGUAUUUGCAUUUCUCCGUAUGGAAAACUUCCUUUAAAGGCAGCUGGGGUUUGUGCCCCAUUGGGCUGGAAGUGGCACCAAGGGCGAGACAGGUCCAUGGGAGGGGAGAGGAGGAGGGAUUGCCAGUGACGGUCAUUCAGCUGGUGCCAAAGGCAGAGUGCGCGCGUUCACCAUUGACCUUGAAGAAGGAGAGAGGAGGAGUCAGAAGUGUAAAUCAAGUGGGGAGUUUCUGAGAGAUGAGAAUCUGCCUCUCUUUAAGCAUGGGUAGCCUCAGUAGCAGCAGGAAAGAAAGGAGGGUGGGUGGUCUCGAACAGAAGACUGCUGAACAAAAACCGGCAAAGGGCCCGCCCCUGCUGGGGAAAGUAGUGGCUCCUCACAUCCUUUCCUUCUAAGGGUUUAAACGUGAUUUCAGCAUCACCUCUCAUAGAAGCUGUGCUAGUUUUGUCUUACGGAAUUCCUAAGUUCUGUGACCUCAAGCCAGUCCCAUUCUUCCUCCACCCGCCACCCUCCACCCCUCCCCUCGAGAUGACUGUACAUUUCACUCCGAUCAUGGCAACAUCGUUCCUAUUGCCUCUGCCAGCUGUCAAGGCAAUGGAUUUUCUCAUCACCUGAGCAGUUGAGAGCCCUCAUCAUGAGCUGCUGAAGUUAAUGGAGCAUGCUUCCAGAUUCUUAAUGGCAGGCUGUACCCGUGACUUAGGAGUCAGUGGUACUUCCCUCCAUAUGUCUGUCAGCUAGUGAGAGGGAACAUGGAGGACGGUGAGAAACGAAGCUGUUGUACUUGUGCUCUUCCGAGAAGAAGCUCUCCAGUGUCUCAGCCUUAAUGGAACGUCAGUGGAUCAGAGAGGAGGAGAGCAUUACAUCUCCUGUUUUUAGGUUUAUCGCUGUUGUCCCACUUCCGUGACGGGAGGUAGCAAGAGCUUUUUUAUUUUCCUGUGUCUUUUCUAGCAACCCAAGCAUUUUCGUGAGUCAGAUCCUGUUGGCCCCCCUUCGUGGGGCAGUGUGUCAGAUGCUGAUUUGGGAGUUGCCCACCUUCCAGGUAGAAGUGGAGGAGGAGGGAGAAAGACUCCAGCGCUUUUCAGUGGUCUUUGAUUUUUUUUCUGAAGCGGGCCAUUGUCAAAUCAUACGAUAUUAUGAGUUUGCUUUUCUAUAGAGUUACUCUGGGGAGAGGUUUGCUAUUAAGAUGUGAAAAUCAAGCUGUUUUGGUCUUUAUUGUUCUUUUGUAGUAAUAUUCCAUUGGACUGCCUAUUUUGGUUCCCCUGUGCUUAUAUCUGCCUCAUCUCAUGAGAUAAAAUAAUAUGGUCAGGUUUGUGGUUUCCUGAUGGUUUGGGGGUGAGGCCCCAGUGUCUCAGUAAUUUAUAGGACUGUCUCAUCUAGAAGUGUUGGCCUUCUGCCUUAUGUCCUGCAUGGAAUGGCCAGUCUUCCUCCUUGUAGUGGAAUUGGGAGGAGACUUGCAGUGUUACCUGUGUGUAAGCAUAAGUAAAGAGGGGGCCCACAAAAUGAGCUUGUAGUGUAAACACAGCCCACCUUUGUUUUGUUGUGAGAUACUUCUUCUCUCCUUGAAUUCUGUGUGGUACUGCCCGCCAAUUAAGAUAGUGAUCCCAGAAAUUGGCUUAGUCUGUGAGUCUUGCCUCUUGGGGGUGCAGAUUAACUUGCCAUCUUGCAGAAAGUGCCACCCAACAGUAGACCAUAUAUCUGGAAUCCAGUGGGAUCCUUGAGUGGCUGAUGUGCAGCUCAUUGGGAUUCUUUUUUAUAUAUAUAUAUAUAUAUAUAUAUAUAUAUACCAUUUCACCCACCCAUCGUUUACAGUUCUUUUUCUUAGUGUGUUUGCCUGGCUCUGGGCUAGAUACUGUGGAAAACACAAGAGGGGAAAGACAUGAUGUCUGGCCUAAGGGAUCUUUUAGGUGACUGCCGUCCAUGAAACAACUGGAGAAUGUGGCAGAAGAGUCAAGGGCUGUCUUUAAAGAAAUUCAGAUGGUUAAGAUCAGGGUAGACGAGGUGGUCUAGGAGAGCUCUUUGGUGGCGGGGCGUUGGGUCCUGGGCGAGGGUAGGACAGUGAGACAGGAAGCACACGAAUGGAAGGCUGGAAGCGGAAAUCUGCAGGCUGUGUGCUGAGUAGCGUGUGCAGCCCCAAUCCAGAGCAGCGGCGUCAGUCCCUCCUUUCUCAGUUUAGAUGGAAACUUCCUAGCAUCAGGCAGAUCUGAGUACUGAGGGCUUGUGAUGGUGAAGUGGAACCCAAAGCCAGAAGUCAGCUGGCUCCUGCCCACGACCAGGGGCCUCACUGCCCUCAGCACAGUCUGGGUGCUACCCUUUGUGGGACCAGGGGUUUCCGCUGGAGCAUUCAGACAGGUCUAGAAGCAAACCUUAGCUGAAGAGGCAUGACCCAACCUCACCACCGUCCUUUCUCCUCCUGGGAAAGGGUAACAUAGACCUGUGUCCGUGAUCUGUUGGUGCAGUAGUCAUGGCCCAGGCUGUAGCCUCGUCCUUCCUCAGGGUGGGCUGCGAGACAGAGUUGCACAGAGGGGAGACAGACUCUGUCCGGAGAUGAGGGGGAAGAAGAGGCGGGAGUGGGGCAGCCGGCUGAGGGACCGGCCUGGUGAGAGAGCAGAGAGAGAGCAGGAGCGGCCGGCCUGUUGCCAGCACUUCCGCUCAGCUCUCCGAGCUGGGCCCACUCUUCCUUUGCCAGUUCUGUGUCGUGCUCGUUGAGAGGCGGUCCACAGACGGAACUCAUUCCUCUGAUUGUUGUAUUUUAAAGUCACAAACUGGAAAAGGUUCUCACCUCUAGGGACCCACCAUUGAUUUCUAAGUUGUGGAUGGGUCCUUGCUCGUGUGACCCUUACUUGUUAGUGGUCAACCUACUGCAACCUUCCUCAGGACAGGUGUGAACCACCGUAAGCUAGUGACAGCUACUGCUACAAUUUGCUGUUACUUGAAAUUCGCGUGCUGUGGCAGGAACACAGAGUGAGGAGGGUGGGGCUUUGCUGUGAGGACUAGGCAAGUGGGGGACGACUGGGAGUUUGGGACCAUUGACGGUGGCCUUCGCCUGUUGGCCAGCUGGUGCCUAGAUCUAGUGAAUGUGAGCCACGGGCGGCGGCGUGCAGGCCCCUGAGAGGAGAGGCUGGGCGGGAGCUCGCCACCAGGUUUCCUCUCCCCUUGUCAUUCCUUUCCCUGGGGCUCAUGGUGGCCCUCGCCAAGGAUGGGAGUGGUGUGGGGACGGCUACAAACACACGGUGCCCAUCCAGGAAGAUCGGGGGAGCAGGGAUGGUGCUUGGUGUUGGCAGAUCCGAACGUGAGAGCCUAGAGGAGAGCUGGAUGCCUUGGGGUGCCCUCAGCCGAGGCCCUCAGGGGAGCCAGGCUGCUCGAAGCCCUCGGGUCCCAGCAGGAAAUGGGGAUGGGACUUUUCCCUCCAGUUACAUCCUUCUGCACUGCUGCCUCCUCGGCCUCAGGCCCUGAAGUUGGAGGACUAGGUGUUGGGAUAAAGCUCCAUGGCUGCAGGAAGGAGGUCUGAAAGUCAGCGUGCGUCUGCGUGUGUGUGUGUGUGUGUGUGUGUGUGUGUGUGUGUGUGUGUGUGUCUGUCUUCAUUUGCGGAGGUCUUGCCACCAGUUGGGGUGUUGAGAGCAUCUCCAUCGUGGGGAGACCUGCCAUUUGUUUUCCACUUUUAAGAGAAUGACACGCCCCCUGUCCCUAAGGGAGGAGCUUCUGAGUUAGACAUUUUCCCUAUGGGAAUCCUCUUGGUUUGGUUUGUGGGAAAGGGGGGAAUGGAUAAAUGAUUUUUAUCUCUAAUUGUCAACACAGCUGUUCUUACACUGAAUUUGUGCUAUUGCAUACAUGUAGCCAUCUUUCUUUUCACUGCAGCAGUGUUUAUCAGUAGUUCAAAAUGAUUUAUUUGCUCCUGGGGAGUAAAAUCUUUUUUAUUAAAAAAAAAAAGAAAAAAAAAA